GACAUUUCCUACUUAAAAUUUCAAUCAGCUGCCUCACAUUAUUAGACGUUUAUUUAAGAAAAUACCUAACCAUGCUAACGGUAUACUAUUAAGAAAUGAGCCUUGAUAUCACUUCACAAGGAUGGUAACUUGUUGACUUCUUCCAAAAGAAUAUCCAAUAUAUGUACAGCUGGGAUAUUAAGGAAGAUAAGAAUUUGAAGAAAAUGCAUUUUAUCCCAGGAACAAAGUUUCUUCUUGCAAAUAUAUUCCACAGCACAAGGCUUAUACCCAGAAGAGGGAGUAUCUGCAAGCAAUGUCAAUUGUGUCAUAGUAGCCGUGUUUUGAACAAUGAAGGCAAAGUGACAUUUGAAAAUCUUUUGUCUGAAGAAAACAAAAGAAGACUUCAGAAUAAGUUACAAAAUAAUUUAAAUGAGAAGUCUGUGAUAAGAAAAGAGACUGUCUCAGACAACCACAAGAAAGCUGCUGUGUUGGUCCCCCUGUGUACAGUGAAUGGUCAGCCAUCUUUACUGUUUAUGGUGAGGUCAAACUUAAUUCCCACCCACAGAGGUGAAGUCAGUUUUCCAGGAGGAAUGAUGGAUGACACAGACCAGGAUUUGAUAGAAACUGCACUCCGUGAAACACAGGAAGAAAUCGGUUUGAACAUUGCCAGGGAGGAUGUCUGGGGAUCACUCCAGAGUUUGCCAAGUAGGCAGGAUGGUAAAAAUCUAGUGACUCCUAUCAUUGCAAGUGUGGGUGAACUAGAAAAACACAAACUAAAUCUUAACAAGGCCGAGGUAGAAAAUGUUUUUACCAGAACAGUUUCAUCCCUCUGUGAUAGCAAAAAUGUUGGAUCCACCCAGUUCAGGAGAGGAAAACUGCCCUCUCUUCAGUCUGGCUACACCCUGCCUGUAUUCCUUGGAGGGGAACACAGAAUUUGGGGGUUAACUGCUGUAGUUCUGCACAUGUUCCUCCCAGUUCUUGCCCCUGGAUUAUACAAAUUUAAAUUACGACAUAGACAUUAAUUAAUGUAUAUUUAGAAAUAAGCAUUUGAAAGAGACUGUGAUAGCAUAUAUAAUUAUAUUGUGUAACUCAGGAGAAAAAUACCAAUAGUGCCAACAAAUUAGGAGUUUGGAUUGGAAUCACAAGACUUAAUUAAUUCCUAUUAUUGUCCACUAAAUUUUGAAAAUGUUGCAGAAGGAUCCACACUAUUGAA